UAGAAAGAAAGACUCUCAUACAAGUAUCCAAUUUGUGACUACUACGAAUCCCUAUACACCAAACAUGGCCAUCGCAUUCAAGCACCACCCUCGAUCCCAACAAACCUAUGAGCCUCCGCUCAUUGCCAAUGAGAAUGCAUUUCUGGGGGAUGUGGAUUCAAGUGACAGCUACAACCCCGAAAAACCCAUCUCGGCCGGUUUCUACCGUCUGGAAAAAGGGACCCCACUCGUGUACGAAUACACCUUCGAUGAGAUGAAAAUCAUCCUGGAAGGCAAGUUCGAGAUCUCGGAUGAGACCGGUCAGAAGGUUGAGGCUUUUCCCGGGGAUGUGUUUCAUUUUCCCAAGGGAAGUAAGGUGACUUUUACGACACCGUCGUAUGGGUUGGCUUUUUUUACGGGACAACGGGCCAAGAGUGUUUAAGUGAUGAUGUAAUUGAAAAUAUCCUGGGUUGUGUUGAAUUAAAUUCAAUUCCUUGCUGUUAAACCGGGUUAUUUAUUACUGGAAGAUAGUCUAGUUGAUGGCUGGGAGAUGAACCAUGGUUUGGUAGACAGAAAGGUUCCACUGCUUAUGGGAGCGGUUCCUUGGUUGUGUUUACGGGAAGUGUAAACAAGAACCAGGGCGCGAUGACGCCGGUGUGGAUUGCAACCCCUCUUCUCUAAAUCAACUUGCUAGUAACUAGUACUGUUUCAAUGUUGAAUUGCUUUAAUUUAAAA